AGCUCUUUCGCGUGGCCUUGAGAGGGGCGUCCGUCAGAAGAAGGAGGGCCAGCAACCCACUCCGCCUCUCCGAAGGGCCCGUGGCCGUACAUUCAUUCGUGUGAGUGCUGCCGGGAGCUUGGAGCCGCCUUGCAGGGGGAGGGGAGGCUUCUUUGCUGGGCUCGCUGCUGCCGCCGGAUCCAGCCCGCGCCCGGGCGGAGACUGCCGGGGAGUCGUCCUCUCCCUUCCUCGUGGCCUCCGGCUCCCCGCUCGCAGCCUCGGCUCCCUUCUUUUCGGCGCUUCGCUCCAGUCUCCUGAUUCGCACACAUGGAACUACUGUGCGUGGAGGGGGUGAUCCGGGCCAAGCGGGAUCCGCAGCUAUUAAGGGACCGGCGGGUGCUGCAGAAUCUGCUCAGCCAGGAAGAGCGCUGCUGCCUCCGCGUUUCCUAUUUCCAGUGCGUGCAGAAGGAGAUCCAGCCCUACAUGCGGAAGAUGUUGGCGUUCUGGAUGUUGGAGGUUUGUGAGGAGCAAAAAUGUGAAGAAGAGGUGUUUCCCUUGGCCAUGAAUUACGUGGAUCGCUACUUGUCCUGUGUCCCCACCCGCAAAAACCAUUUGCAACUCCUGGGAGCUGUCUGUAUGCUUUUGGCUUCCAAGUUGCGAGAGACCAUGCCUUUAAGCGUACAGAAACUCUGCAUUUACACAGACAAUUCCAUCACACCAUGUGAAGUUUUGGACUGGGAGUGUUUGGUCUUAGAGAAGCUCAAAUGGGACCUGGUUUUGGUAAUAGCAAAUGACUUCCUGGAUCACAUUCUCCAUCGGCUGCCACUUCCCCAGCGUAAGGUGGACUUGGUAAAGAAACAUGCCCAGACCUUCAUUGCGUUGUGUGCCACAGAGUACACCUUUGCUAUGUAUCCACCAUCCAUGAUUGCUACAGGUUGCAUUGGAGCAGCAGUCCAUGGCCUCUCUACCUCAUCUGACCAUUUUUCUGGCGAGGCGCUUACUGAAGUGCUUGCUAGCAUUACUGGCACAGAGGUGGACUGCCUGAAAGCUUGUCAGGAGCAGAUUGAGGCUGCCUUAGCGGAGAACCUGAAACGAAUAUCUCAGCCUCAGCAAGAAUAUAGCCCCUCCAAGAAUGCAGCUUACCUGGACAGCCAGGAAGUCAGCUUGACCAGCACACCUACGGAUGUCACAGACAUCAACCUGUGACCAAGUCCUGCUGACCACCCAGUUCUCAGAAAUAAAAGGUCGCCUGGAACAUUCUGCCAUCACUGAAGAACUGAGAGAAUUUUCCCAGCAGAUGCCAUAUUUCUAAUAAGACUGUUGGCACUGGGUUGUAGUGGACUUGGGUGGGACUCAAGGGGGAAUAGGCCUCUUGCAGUAGGACUGUUUCUCUGUGUUGCUAGCCUGGGUUUCCAAGGAGCAGGGGAGCCUUCUGGGGUAAUCGAACCAAGCUUAAACUUGGGAAGGAUGAAUGAGCAUAGUGUCAGUUCAAAACAUUCAUCGAUUUGGGUCGCUUCAUUGGCGGGGCACUGCUGAUAUACUAUUUUAUCUCAAUCUUCACUGCAUGUCUAUUGCAUGCGAGUCAAGAGAGAGAAUGCACUUUCGUUGGCUGAAUCACCUUCACCUUCCAUAAAAACUUGUUGACGUUCACCUGAGACCUCCUUGGCUAAAGCUGUUUUGCCCAGGCUGCCUUUAGUGGGCAUUAGUAAGAGCCCAAGCAAUAUAGAGUAUAGCACUGGAAUCGCUUUCCAGCUUCACUCAGUGCCAAGGACGUCUUAGUUCUUUGAAGAUCUAGAGUAGCACAAUCCUUGAGCCCUUCAUUUGAGAAUGAGUGGGGGGCUUGCUUGCUUUUUGUAGGUGCUUAUAAAGGUGCUGCAUGUCAUAGUGAAAAUGUGGGGAGGCCUGAAGGGAUACAUUCUACUUGCACCUGGUUGCCUUUGCUUACUCCUGUGAGAUCUAUGAGCUGCUUUAUUUAUUUUAAGAACUAAACCUUGUAAAACUGCAGAAUGAAGGGACAUCAUUCUGGUCUGUCCCAUCUUGCCAUAUAAAAUAGCGCCUUAAUGUUCUUUCCUCAUUCUCCUUCGUACCUCUGGGUUGCUUACUUUGAGAGAUUAGUCAUUGUAGAAGUCAUUCAUAGUCAGAGUACACCCGACACUUGCUGCUAUACUUGUAUGUAUAAUCCUCGUGUUCACUGCCAGAAACCUUUUAAAAGGCAGGCAGGAGAGUAAUCACCUGCUUUUAUAAGGGGGAUAAAAGAUGAAUUUCUUUCCCCGAAGAGUUUACAAUAUGAUGAGCUGCCGACUGCACUGGUAUUGAGAGUUAAAUCCUUGUUUGUUCAGGAAAAAAAAUGUGUUGGGUUUUCCCCCCCUAUAUGCUGCUUUUAUGAAAGAUCACUUUCAGAAAUAUUAGGUGUAGGUGAACAAUAGUGAUGGGAGCAAACCUUGCCUUUGAGUUCUAGUGGUAUUCCAUUCUUCAACCCUCUGGCCGUACAAUGAAGACAAACUGAUGCAUAGGCGUCCCUGGUGGCGGGUAGGGGCAAGUGACAAAACUGCAAUGCAAACUGCCCCCUUGUGUGCUUGCAUGCAACAGUGCAACACAGAUAUGAGAGGAGCUUCCAUUAUGAUGUCAUGACAUGUUUCGUCAUUUUGGCAUCAUCAUGAUUAUAAACUCAAACACCACUGGAGACGGUCAUGUUUACCAAAAAAAAAAAAAAGUUAAUUUUUGCCUUUAUUUCCCCCUUCCCUGUGCUUAGCCUGGUAUGUCAUAAGGUGCCAUCAACACUUCCGAUAAAUGGAAGUCUGUAUCCAUUAGAACUUCAUACAAGUUUGGAAAUGAGGAUGCAUUUUAGAGAGAGAGAGAGAGAGAAAUAAAUUUUUUUUAUAUAUAUAUAUAUAUAUAUAUAUAUAUAUAUAUAUAUAAAAAUAAAUAAGAGCUUUAAGUAAAGUUUGACAAUAUGAUAUUCACUGUCACUUGAAAUUCAGUCAUUAGGACAAUUUUGGUAUUUUACGAUAUUGCAAUAAAAGAUUUUUGAAACUGGCA